AACUACUUUCUCUGAACUUUCUUAUACUUUCAGAUGCGUCUGUUGAAGCAGGUCACGGUAUUAUGUUAUUGUUCUGAGUGAAAUCCACGUGCGAGUUUGAUUAAUUUUAUCGCUUUUGGAUUAAAUCAUAGAUCAAGCGAUGUACAGCCAUUUAUUUUUAAUAUUCCUCGCCGGACUACUUAGUCUGACAGAGUCAAGUCGAAUUAAACGUUGUUUCAAUUGCCGAUCUCGAGGUGAUUUGGGCGACUGUAAAGAUCCUUUUCCUCAUAAUGCCACUUCUGUUGAAGAACUUCGAGCGGUAGAAGCUUUACCGUGCGCUUCAGGAUGGUGUGCCAAAAUUGUUGAAGGAAAAGGAGACGAUUAUGCUAUAGCUACGGAGAGAAUGUGUCUCCAAAGACCCCCAGGAGAUGAAGAACAAAGAUGUGCACCAACUUUAUUCCAAGGAAGGCGUGUGUUGAUGUGUUUUUGCAAAGGUGAUCUGUGCAAUACAGCUACAGCUAUGCAAGCUACCCAACUCUAUGUCCUCUCCUGUAUUUUAGCAUUUAUUAUUUUCAAAUUUUGGUUAUGACAUAAACGUUGAUGAUUUUUUU